AUGAUGGGUAAAGAUAGUAGUAUGAUGAAGGCAUGGGAGGCCACGGUGAAGAAGACACAAGCAGUUGCGAAGAAGCGUGCAAAUAGCAUAUUUGGAUCAACAUAUGUAGCUUCACAACAUGGAGAUCAUGAAGAAGAAAGCAAGGAUGAAACAGAAGUAUACCAUGCAGAGAGGGUUCUACCCAAUGGAGAUUACUAUAAAGGAGAAUGGGCUGAUAACUUCCCACAUGGGAAAGGGAAGUACUUAUGGACAGAUGGAUGUAUAUAUGUUGGAGAAUGGUUCAAAGGAAAAACUAUGGGAAAGGGAAGGUUCACUUGGCCUUCAGGGCCAGCUUAUGAAGGGGAGUUCAAGAGUGGUUAUAUGGAUGGAAUAGGUGCAUACACUUCUACUAAUGGGGAUACUUAUAAAGGACAAUGGGUGAUGAAUUUGAAACAUGGUCAUGGUGAGACGAGUUAUUCGAAUGGAGAUAAGUAUGAGGGAGAAUGGAGAAGAGGUUUGCAGGAUGGACAAGGGAGAUAUGAGUGGAAAGAUGAGAAAUAUUAUAUUGGGGAAUGGAGGAAUGGGAGUAUUUGGGGUAAAGGGUCAUUUGUUUGGAGUAAUGGGAAUAGGUAUGAUGGCUAUUGGGAAGAUGGUUUGCCUAAAGGGAAUGGAACUUUCAAAUGGGGUGAUGGAAGUUUUUAUGUAGGUAAUUGGAGUAAGGAUCCAAGAGAUCAAAGUGGAACAUAUUAUCCUUCUCCAGGGUCAUCGCAAUCGCAAGAGGGUCAUCUUGAUUGGGAACCACAACAAGUGUAUACUGAGUUGAGUGAGUAUCAAGUUAGUCCUGGGGAGAAGGUUUCAGUUUUGCCAUCACAGAAGAGACUUGCAGUGUGGAGGUCUACCAAGGGGGAAGGUGGUAGUGCUAAGCCGAGAAGAAUGUCAGUGGAUGCAGGGAGGGCAAGUGUAGGGCUUGAAAAGCCAAGUGAUAGAAUGCAUUUAUGGGGCGGCGGGGAAGGUGAUGGUAGUAGAACUCCAACUGGUAGUAGAACUCCAACCGGUAGUAGAACUCCAACUAAAGAUGAUCAUGAGUUGCUUGGUUUACAUUUACAUGCUUCUAAUAAUCCAAGACAAACUUUGAAAGCACCAAAGAAAUCAAAGAGGCAGGGAGAAACCAUAUGCAAAGGACACAAAAAUUAUGAGCUCAUGCUCAAUUUACAAUUGGGAAUCAGGCAUUCUGUUGGAAGACCUGCCCCCUCGGCAUCUUUAGAUCUGAAGCCUUCAGCUUUUGAUUCCAAAGAGAAAGUAUGGACUAGAUUUCCUCCCGAAGGAUCCAAAUAUACGCCUCCACAUCCGUCCAGUGAGUUCAAAUGGAAGGACUAUUGCCCAGUAGUUUUUAGAACUCUUAGGAAGCUAUUCAAGGUGGAUGCAGCUGAUUACAUGUUAUCCAUAUGUGGAAAUGAUGCGCUGCGCGAACUUUCUUCGCCUGGAAAAAGUGGAAGCUUCUUUUACUUGACCAAUGAUGACCGUUAUAUGAUUAAGACAAUGAAGAAAGCUGAGGCUAAAGCUCUCUUGAGAAUGCUUCCUGCUUAUUACAAUCAUUUUCGAGCAUUUGAAAAUGCUCUAGUGACAAAGUUUUAUGGAUUACAUUGUGUCAAGUUAAAUGGACCUUCUCAGAAGAAGGUACGAUUUAUCAUAAUGGGCAACCUUUUUUGUUCUGAGUAUACCAUACAUAGACGCUUUGAUUUGAAGGGUUCUUCACUUGGGCGCAUAACGACUAAGCCUGAGUCAGAGAUUACUGAAACCACCAUCCUAAAAGAUCUUGAUCUAAAUUUUAUAUUUCGACUACAACGAUCUUGGUUUUUAGAAUUUUGCAGGCAAAUCGACCGGGACUGUGAGCUUCUGGAACAGGAGGGAAUUAUGGACUAUAGUCUACUAGUUGGCAUUCAUUUCAAAGAUAUAGCACCAGAAGGAGAUCUUAUUCCUUCAGGAUCUCAUACUCCACUCGAUGGUGAUUCAGAGGGUGAAGGAACGCCCCGUAUUUCACGAGAAGACAUGGAUCAACUUCUGCUAGAUCCUUCCAGAUGGGCAAGUAUCAAAUUAGGAGUGAAUAUGCCAGCACGGGUUGAAAGGACAGUGAGAACAAGUGAUUGUGAAUUGCAACUCGUAGGAGAGCCAAUCGGAGAGUACUACGAAGUUGUCUUGUUUUUCGGUAUCAUUGACAUACUUCAAGACUAUGAUAUCAGUAAGAAGCUUGAGCAUGCCUAUAAGUCCAUUCAAUAUGACCCAACCUCGAUAUCAGCCGUUGAUCCAAGACAAUACUCGAGGCGUUUUCGUGACUUCAUAUUCAAAAUAUUCUCACAAGAUUCUUGA